AUGUGUGAUACAACAGGCAUCAACAUUAGAGGUUGUAAAAGAAGAGUUGUACCUUUUAAUAAAAGACGUAACUCAGUUUUAAGCUGUGAUCGUUGCAAAAGGCAGAAAAAAGCUUGCAUACGAGAAAAUGGUGAUCCUUUGGGAUCUAAAGGUUCGUGUGUACAAUGCAAGAAAGUGAAUCAAGAAUGCAGAGUUACUAUACAGAGAAAAAAAAGGAAGAUUCCAUCAGAGAGUUUAGGAUUACACUACAAAUGUUUAUUUUCAAUCGUAAAAGCCGCUUUUCCAGACGUUGACAUUAACAGUAUCGAUGAAUUAAUUAAUUUAGGCAUCUCUGUUGGUGCAAACAUGCCAUCCAGAAACGGUCUCAACAAAGGUGAAAUACAAGAGUUAGAAAACAUUGCGCGGUCUUUAACGACAUCGAAGAGGUUUGACCCUAGUUCUUAUAUUUCGUAUGACGUAACUGAAGAAGAAAUCAAUUGUGACAACAACCCAAUUACAAUAAGACUGGAAGAUAAAGAUAUUUUCUUAGCAGGAAGAGAAGAAAACUUGCAUUAUGUAGGGUUGUUUGGAGAGACAUCUACUAUUUUUAAGGUGAUGAAUGAAACCUUGGAAAAAUCGGAGAGAUUGCCACAAGUGAAAAAGGAUCAGUAUCAAAACGCCUUACGGAGUCAGCAUGUUAUACGCUCUUUGGAUCACUCUUACGAGUUCUUAAAUUUAAAGGAAACUUUCGGAAAUAUCAUACACCUUGAAGAAGAGCUUAACGGAUACGUCGAUUCCUUCUUUAAUAAUGUUCAUCCAUUUUGCUUUUGCUUCGAUGAACAUAAUUUUAGGUCACUUUGCGGUAUGUUUUGGAGUCAACUUAAAUAUGAUGGGAUUGAAGAGCAGAAAAUUCCUAAAAUUCCUAAAAUUCCAAUAUUGUGCAUAUGUCUCAUCUGGAUUAUAGGUAAGUAUUUUCAACCACCCAGUGAAUCUUCAAAAUUCGACGAUAUAAUAAUUAAAAAUCAUCUUGAGCUUGUGAGGUCUUCAAUGGCAGAUAUUGUAAUGCUUCCCUCUCUCAACAGUAUCAAGUGCUUAUUAUUGUUCAUAUUAUAUUUAGACUAUUGUGAAUACGGUGAAAGUGGUUAUGUAUUAUCUGAGAUUGCUCUUUCGCAUGCUCAUAGUCUAGGAAUUCAUCGGCUGUCGGUAACUAAAUACUUGAGAGAUGAAAAUGAAGUGUUCGAUUGCCAAAUUAUUUGGUGGGCAUUAUACCAAAGAAUGCUCCAAUUCAGUGGGCGUAUGGGAAGGUCCAUAGCCAUUCGACCUAAUGAAAUUACUACUAGUUAUCCCAACUUUAAUGAUGUUGGAGAUAGACAGUAUAAGAUCUUUUUUGAAAGAAGCAUUGAUCUUAAUAAAAUAUAUCAUUUCUCCCUAGAAUUUCAGAACAGUGUCACAUCCUAUGAGCAACUAUUUCUAGACAAAAAUAUCUCACAAGCCUUAGAAAUUAAAGAGAGAUUCUUAUUACUAAACAACAAAAUUGAGUCAUGUGUAAGUAGACCACUGGACUUGAUGUCACCCUAUAUUUUUCGUCUAAAGUUGACUUUUCAUUAUUACCAUGAAUCUAUUCUUUUUCCUUAUCUAUUAUAUGCUACAGAACAUGGGAAAAUAUUCAAGGAGCAACCGUCGGUAUUUUCCUUGAUACAACAGUGUAUUAAAUCGUCAAUCUUGAUGUACGAAUUACUCAAAGUAGUGAAUGAAAGCACUAGGUCAAAUUAUCAUUCGAGUCCAUAUGUUUAUUUUGUGUACCAUUCAACCUUAUGUCUUUUAGUAGGAUAUCAGUGGAUGUCUUCAUUAAGCAAAAGAGGUCUAGAUCUUCAAAUAUUAUCCAACUCGCUUGAACAAGACUUGCAAUAUGUAUCUGGUGCGCUUGAUUUUCUAAGAAAUUAUAACAAUAAAUUUCAUUCUCAUCUCAAAGGUUCGCUGUUAGUGCUCAAUAAGUGUAUAAACUUUUUGAUGAAGGCAAUUUAUGAAAAUGAAGAUAAUUUCUUAGGUGGUGGAACCAGUCCAAUAAUUUAUAAGACCAUCGAUAUAUCCCCACCUCCUUUGGACGAAGAUUCAUAUUUUAUACAUGAUUCCAUUUUUAGUAUCAUCGAUAGCAUAUUUGAAGAGGAGAUAAGUAAAACUGAGAUGGGUAUUGCAGAAACAUUAACUUUCCAAGACAUGGGGGUCUAA